GGUCAUGGUGACUGUCACGUUUGAAAAUCGUUUAUAAAAUGUACAAAUGGAUACUCAUGAUAUUAGCACGUGUGUAAUACUGUAUGGUUUUCGUGAUAAAUGGAAGCCAUUCGUUAAAGACUGUUCUACAAUGACGAAUAAUAAUAAUUAUUGAUGAUUAUUGAUAAGCACAUUAGUCAGUGACGAGUGAGCGACACUGAUGAGCUGUUGUUUUUACGUAGACACAGGUAGUGACUUUUUUCUCUGUGAUUCGGGCUAAAUAAAGGCAAUUUAAGAUCAGGAUUAAUGGAAGAAACUGUAUAUGCAACCGUGGAAUUCUCUUCUUUAUACAUGCAUUUUUGAUGGUGUGAAAAAUCAUAAAUGGAAAAUAUAAGAGACAGUGGGAUUAAUUAGCAGACUCCUGUUUGUGGCCCCAGAUGUUAAUUAAGAUUUCUUGCUCUUGAGAGUCCCGACUACCGGUUGUCUCUAGUUCUCGGUAUCGAGUGUGGCGGCGUGGCGCGGACGGACCCUCAGUCUUGUAGCGAACGCUCUGGAUCGGAAAUGGAGUUCAGUGAUGUUGCUCUAAAAUACAGGACAUCUGUCCAGUACAGCGCGCUACCGGAAGUGACGGACCAUGAUGAAAAAGACCACGAGCGCUACCUACAGGAAGUGAUCCAUCACGACGACAUGGAACCUCGACAAAAACCCGUCUCAAUGGCAACGGGUGGAAAAUCUCUUUCGUUGCUUCAGAUUAUUUUACUGAACGCUGUGGUGUGUGGCGUGGAAAUCUGCGCAUGCGCCGGGUUUACUUACAUCCCACCUAUGCUCUUGAAAGCUGGCUACACAGAGGAAAAUAUGAGUAUAAUUUUAGGAAUGGGGCCUCUUUUAGGAUUCUUCUUCGUUCCGAUGAUUGGGCGCGCCAGCGAUAAUUGUUACAGCGGCUGGGGUCGCAGGCGGCCGUUCAUUAUUGGAAUUUCUACAAUUCUGAUGUUCGCUCUAAUUACUAUACCGUACGGAGAUUGGAUCAGUGUGUCCGUCUUUGGCCCAGGAACCGUCAGUAAGACGGGUGCAUUACUUAUUCUCACAGUGGGGGUUGUUCUGCUCGACUUCACCAGUCAAGCGUGUCUGACGCCAUGUGAAGCAUUGCUAAGUGAUGCAUCAAAAGACACCAAUCAACAAGAACGUGUGUUUAUGGUGUACUCCCAAAUGGUGUCGCUGGGCGGUUUUCUGGGGUACUUAAUCACCGCCUUGGAUUGGAACGCGACCGCCAUAGGAUCUAUGAUUGGCGGACAGGAAAGGACGGUGUUCACCAUGCUGGUCAUCCUCUUGUUGUUUCUGUUGUUUGUUACUGUUGUCGUAGCUAAAGAAGAACCUCUAAUCACCCCCCAGCCAUCCCAGACCCAGGAUAUAAAGCCCCUAUUAGACAUUUCUUCUUCUCAGCAGGUUGUGUUCAAUGGUCCAGCUAUGGAGUCAGGUUACGAAUCGAGUGAUUCGGACGAGGCUUCUUUGCCAAACGUUUUACGGAAAAAUCGAUCUAAAUCCCGUCGUCACAAACAGAAAUUCCGUCCAAUCUUACUGGUGUGUUUACCGUUUAUGUUUGUUCUAAAACGCUUUAGAAUAUUAUCAUAUGUGCAGUUUUAUGGCAAACUUGCUUUCGCAGCAAUCCGGGACAGGCUUCCGGAAUCAAUUCAGUUGUUGUUGGAGGUCCCGUAUGUGCUCCGAAAAUUGGCAGUGGCAAACUUCUGCAGUUGGACGGCAGUGAUGGGGUUUAACCUCUUCUUCACUGACUUUGUCGGACAGGCGGUGUACGAGGGAAACCCUAACGCGGAGGAGAAUUCGUACCUACGUGCUCGGUAUGACGAGGGUGUUCGAAUGGGAUCCUGGGGUCUACUGUUUCACUGCAUCACUUCCGCUGUGUACGCCUUCUUUGUGGAGAAUUUAGUGGAGCGUAUUGGAAUCCGUCGGACCUACGCCGCGGGGAUGAUUAUGUUUACCAUCUCCAUGGCGGGCAUGGUGAUAUACCGCAACAUCUAUUUUGUGAAUGUAAUGGCGGCGAUGACGGGGUUCGGAUAUGCCACCCUAACCACUAUUCCGUUCAUCCUCGUCACGCAGUACCACGCAGAAAAAGAGAUUUACUUCCGGACGGAGAACGGAAAGAAUAACUUCCGGGGCAUCGGUACGGACAUCGCUACGCUGGACUCCGCCUACUUCCUUUCCCAAGUUAUCCUCUCGGGAAUGAUGGGAUAUGUUGUCCACAUGACCGGAACAGUGCUAUCUUACAUGAUCACAGCAGGAAUUAUGGGAAUUUUGAGUUGCUUUUUUAUUCAAAGUAUUAUUUCGUCACGCGAGGAAAUGAUUGCUGCGACAAGACAAGGGCAUUCUGUUGUCAUUAUUUAAUUUUUAUGAGGGCUUUAUUUCAAGCAAGGUGCUGAAUUUAUAAUUUUGAUUAUCAUCGCUGUAUUUUGGUGCGUUACAACAUUUUCUUCCGAUACGUAAUUGGAAUUUCGCCGAUAUGGCGUUCAAAAAGGUGAAGACGAUAAUCAAUCUAUGUAAAAUCAAUCAUGUUAACCCCACGGAAUAUUAAUCUCUCUCAUUACUGAUUAGAGAUACCGUAAUAACAGGAAUAUUUCAUGUCAAGGUGUCUAAAUAUGUUGUAAAUGUUAUGUUGUGCAUAAUGUAUGAUAUGUGGGAUUUAGUGGGGAAAAUGGUACAUUUAGUUGAAUUUUAAUAUUGUGGGAUUUUUUUUUUUUACCCAAAGUAUUAUAUUACGUUUGUUGACCAUUUUUCUUGCAUUUAGUGUUGAAAAUUUGAUUUAUCAUUUGAUAAUUAUGUUUAAGCGGAAUUGAAAGUUACAAACGCAAGCUCGUGUAUUCAUUCAUUGCAACGUGCGUAAGAAUUUAAAAAUUAUUUUAAAGCAGAAGCGGAUUUUUGAAAGUGCCUUUACUUAUCCAUGUUCACAAUUUAAUCAAAAUGGCUGAAAAUUAUACUGCCAGAUUACUUAUUUAACUUUGAUAUAUGCAUUAUCAUAUUCAAUGUCAUGUCUGUAGGUUUUUUUUUAAGUAGAUGUAUUCAUAUAAUUAUUGAUACUCGAAAGUUUUAAUUUUACCGGUUAUUGUGGCUUAGUGGGUAGGAUGCUCGCUUCAAGGCCGGAAGUUCCCGGGUUCGAUUCUAUAUACCGACGCCACGUAAAACCUCAAUCGGAUCGCGCGCUCGUCCAUUUGCGGUUACGGAAAUAGCCGAGUAGUUACGAUUGGUAAAACCUAAGACGUUUAACAUAAAUAGUAAAUGUUCCUUUGCCAAGUAAGUGAAAGUCCCAGUCUUUCGAAUAUGACCUUGAAAUGUCAUGGAGUCUUUCCGACUUUGAAAUGUCAGGCCCUGUGUCAUGAUAGUCGUUGGGUGUAUAGGAACCCUCACUACCCUGAGCGGCGUACAUAGGUCUAAAUUUGUGGCACUUCAUUAAAGCUUUUGACGUCUCAAUAUGAGAGAAAGAAAGUUUCCACUGGGACGUGAAAUGGAACAGAAACUAGCAUUUUUCACAUUCAGAUAUCUCUGACUCUUUUCAAUUUGCCUUAUACAAUAUAAUUUGGGGUGUUUUUUGUCCAUGUUCUUCCACUACGUAUUAUGUGUAUGCGUUUAUUGAACCCUAAUACUCUACUGUUGUGACUGCGGAUUUUACUUCGCAUUUGUCAGUAUUCACUAUUGUGAUACCAUAGAGAAAGAAACGCUGCUGGUAUCAGCAUCACUUUAAAUCUCCCCAUUUACAAAAACAUCGGAUCUCAAUUCAUUAAGUCGUAUUUUUCACCAUAAAGAGUCUUCCGUUGUAUCCGAGUUCGUUAUAAAUGUGGAUUAGUUUAUUGUAAUAUUUACAGAAGCCAGUACUUACCGUAGAAUGUUACGCAGCUUGCCACCAUUGUCUCAAAAUAUAAGCAUUAUUAUUCCGUGUUUUAAUGAGUUUUACACAAUCAAUGACUUUGCUGCCGCUUGCUUCGUUAAGGAAUGUCAGGAAUCUGUAGAAUUUCAAGGAGACAAGUAUGUCGUGUAUAAAAGUAUCGCAGCAUAGCGUUGGAGGAGCGGAUCACCGCCAUCUACUUAUCUGUAUACAGUAACACUGUAAAAUAGUUCCUUCUCAUUUGUAUAUACUGUGUAGAAUACGUUCCUCUAUUGCAGAAGAGCAGUAUUCUCAGAAAAUAUGUAUUGACUCGCCUUGUUUGCUUAAUUUAUGUACUCACUUUGUUAUAAAGAAAAACAAAUCUCGCGUGUGCCCCAGAGAUGCUUUGUGAACUGAAUACCGGUAUGCGGUGAAAAUUGUGUGACAGAUAACUUUCAAAAUCAUUCAUAAAGACCAAGGUCAAUUUUGUCACCAUUGAACGUAACCAGGCUCGGGAAUAUAUUCUUGAACAAGGAGGGACUUGUUAAACGUUUUUAUGUGUCAAAACAAAAUUAUCUUGUCGGAAAAAGAUUCUUAACCAUAAUAUUUCACAAACAAUGACCCAAGGUUUGAUUUGAGAAAUUUCAUAAAGAAUACAUGUACACAGUAUAUAUUUUUAUUUCAUGAUAAAUUUUCAUUUUCUUGAUUACCUUUAACCUUUUACUGUUGAUUACCUUUAGCCCUUUUGUUAGAGGUUUUUCUGUUGUACUAGAUGUAAAACUUAUACGGUACCAAUUUUGAUGCACCAGAUGCGCAAAUAGUUAUUUGAUACAUGUAUAUUUAUUUUCAAGAGAGCUUUAACAGAGGCAGGGGUAUUUACAAUGUUGAAAACUGUCUAAUUGUUAUCGGUUUGGAAAAAAAAAAACCAAACAAGCAUUCGUGGGUUCUUCUUUUAGUGUUACAACAUGGAGAUAUUCAUGGAGGGUGUAAAUUCGUGGCUGUAUCAUACAAACUGCCAAAUAUAUUUUCUUUGUUAUGUUAUAUCGUUUUAGCUGUUUACAUGCUCGAUUUGUAUGUAUAUACUCAUGAUUUUGAAUUUAAGAAAAUUAUGUUGGGUCUGCUAUUGUGAAAACAAAACGUAGUACAGAAUAUCAUUGGAACAGGAAAGGGCAGAUUAAAAAUAAAAUUGAAUGUUGACAGAGAGGUGUUCCACUUGUUGUGUGUCACUAUCAGACAUCGCAUGUUAUCAUUGUCUGUACUGGUUGUCAUUGUUCAGUAUUUACAAGUCAAAUGUUCAAAAUUACCUCCAGACUUUGAAGAGUUUUCAUAUGAACAAACUUUUAAGAUGAUGUGAUAACAAACUGUGAAUCUCAUAUGUUAACGUUCAAUCAUUGGAACCUUUGAUUUAUUAUUGUUGAGUAUUCUUUUAACAGAAUUGUUAUUAUAAAAUGAAAUGUUUUAUGAUGUUACAUACAUGUAGAUACUUUCCUUUUGAUAAACUCCUUACUUUAACUGGAGAGAUGUGGUUUAUUGACUGAAGUAUAAUUCAAAAUGAUUAUAUAAAGUAUUUGCGUUAGUUAGGCCCCUAAAUAUGAAAUACACCAAUCAUUGGCCACUCAGCCUCGUUAUCGUAACAAAAAUUCAAAUCAAGCUUGGUAAAGUAUCAAUGGUGCUCGAAAUACAUAACUGUUAAUAGAUUCGGGCGUGUUUUAAAGUUUUUUAAAUUAAAACACAUGUAGUUUUUGAUGUCUUGAUGCAUGUAUUUUGUGUGUACUUGUUACAUAUGCCUUCUGUUGGUUUUAUAUACAAUGUAUAUAUACAGAGAUUUCUAUGUAUAAACUCGAAUGGUUACUUAUUAUUAAAUACAAUGUCUCUUUA